AUGCCAUCCGCUGAAACGCCAAAACGACGUCAUUCAGUUGGCUCACCUCUAAAGAAUCAGAGAGAUUUCACUGUUCCUUUAAAUGACGAUGCAUCAGAAAUACGUCAGCGAAGAAAAUCUUUGGUAGAUUCUGUACGAAGAUCUCUACUAUUCGCCUCUCCGUCUGCUGUAGCUUCAGGUUCUGAAAGCCAAAAUAUUCCUGGCAGCCAAGCAUCUACUCCUCAACGUGUAGGUACUCUGUCAAUAGAGCCUGCCACCCCUAUUCCAAAGAUACCCGUUGAACAAAUGUAUUUGAAUUUCGAAGAAUGGAUGAAAAUGGCCACCGAUAAUAAAAUUAACGCUAACAAUAGUUGGAAACUCGCGCUAAUUGAUUAUUUUCAUGAAAUGAGUUUAUUGAAAGAAGGUGAUUCAAUAAAUUUUCAAAAGGCCUCUUGUACACUGGAUGGGUGUUCUUCAACCAGCACUACAACUUUAGUUAAAGACUAUUCUCAAUUAACUACAAAGAAAUUUGAUUUGGAGUUUUCUGUUGAUCCUCUUUUUAAAAAGACUUCGGCAGAUUUUGAUGAGGGAGGUGCUCAAGGGCUGUUGUUAAAUCAUUUGUCGAUUGAUGCCGAUGGAAAGAUCAUAUUUGAUGCAAGUGAUGCCACUUUAGAUGAAGUUGAUGAAAAUGAAAAUGAUGAAAGAGAUGCAAUGGAAGAAGAUUCUCCGGAGCAAACCAUUGAUAUAUCUAAACUUCGUUCUAAAAUUUUUCCCGAACUUUCAAGGAUAUUCACUAAAGAUAUUUGUCCAUCAUUAAAAUCAUUUGAAUUUUCCGUCGACAUUGGAUUUCUUACACGUAGAGGAUCAGAUGAUAACGAGGAUCAAGAAGAUCAUGUCAAUAUUGAUGAUAUAGACGGCGAUGAAAAUUAUCCAGAUUUCUUUGAUGAUAAUUUUUUAAGUGGAGAAGAGGGUGGUGGUGGUGAUGAAGAUGAUGACGGCAUAUCUGGAGUUUUUGAAGGAUUCGAUAGUGGUCCAAGAGAAAGAAUUACUGAAAAAGAUUAUGUUAUGGCCAUGGCUAAUAAUACAAAUGAUACUUUUCAAUAUUUCGAUUCUGCAUUUUUACGUAAUUGGGCUGGUCCAGAACACUGGAAAUUAAAACGCGUUGUCAGAGGUGAUGUCAAUGGUGCGCCAAAAGAACGAAAAAAAAAGGAACCUUUUUCCAUUGAUUUUAUUGAUUCGGAGGACCUGAAUGAAAGAACUAUCUUUGCUUCCGCUGGGAAUUCGAUCGUUUUACCUAAAUUAGCUGAAAAUGUUCCGCAUGCUCAUCGACUUCCCGAUGAUAUUCAUUUUUCAUCAAAACAAUUGAUCCAGUUAUUCUUAAAACCUGGAUUCAUGUUGAAAGCAAGACGUAGAUACGAAGAACAACUUGCCGAAACUGAUGACAUUGAAGUAGAUGAAAAUUUUUGGGCCGAAGAAAAUAAUGAUCCUGUAACAAACACAUCUUUCCCGGAUAUGACAAUGGUUACUACGGGAGAUACAUUUUUGCACGAUGACGACGGAUUUGAGGAAGACAUUGCAGAAGGGGAAUUUGGUGAUAAUUUAGUAUCACAGGCGAGAAGAAAUAAACCGGAAUAUAUAAAAUAUGCCAAAACUGCUAAAAGAAUUGAUGUAAAAAAACUAAAAGAAAACAUAUGGAAAACAUUGACUGACACUACGGAAAGUGGAUCUAAAACAUCGACUUUUACUAGUGUUAUAAAGAAUUUAAAAAAUAUAUAUCCAGAGAAAAAAAUGAAAGAUAUAUCAGUGUCAUUUUGUUUUAUUUGUUUAUUACAUUUAGCGAACGAAAAAAAUCUAAAUAUAUCUGUGGAAAAUGAUAAUUUAUCAGAUUUGACGAUUCAAGAAAAAGAUAUAGCCACAGAAAAACGAGGUGAAAAAAGGAAAAGUAUGUAA